AUGCCCCAUUACUAUGAGGACAAGCCGGAGGAUGACGGCGCAUGUGCCCGGGUGAAGGAGGAUCUGGGGACUUGCCUACUGCAGUCGGACUGUGUGCUCAAGGAAGGAAAAGCUUGCAAAGCUUUGAGAUACUCAUUUUUUGAAUGCAAAAGGUCAAUGUUGGAUGCCAGUUCAAGAUUCAGAGGAAGAAAAGGAUAUUGA